AUGCCAACUGCAUCUGAGGUUGCUGCAUUGAUUCCUGGAGAUUUUAAUUUAGGAAUGGAUAAGUGGGAUAUUAUUCUACAGCAUAAGUCUGGUAGACUUACAAGGAUCGAUGAGAUUCAUAUUUCCUAUUUAGCACUACAGUAUCCUCUGCUAUUUGUGUAUGGUGAGGAUGGAUUCAGGAUUGGCAUUAAAAAGGGUGUCACAGAAGCGUCAAAGAAACUAAAAAAAGAUAUUAUCAGUAUGAGACAGUUUUUUGCUUUCCGGAUGCAAGAGCGAGAAAAUGAAUCGCAUGUUCUUCUAUAUUCGAGAAGGUUAUUUCAACAAUUCAUAGUUGAUGCAUAUACGACUAUCGAAGCCUACAGACUUAGGUAUUUGCAGCUCAACCAGACAUGCUUGCGUUCAGAUAGUUACGACUCUAUCAAGAAGUCUGAAAAUGCUGGACAGUCAGACAUGAAUGAACAAGGUCAGCAAUUUGUUCUACCAGCUACUUUCACAGGGGGUCCAAGAUACAUGAAGAAUAUGUACUUAGAUGCUAUGGCCAUUUGCAGACAUUUUGCUUUUCCAUACCUUUUCAUCACCUUUACAUGCAAUCCAAAAUGGCCAAAACUUACGAGAUUUCUGAAAAAGAGAGGUCUGAAUUCAGAUGACAGACCAGAUGUUAUAUGUCGGAUGUUUAAGAUGAAACUCGAUUCUUUGAUGCAUGAUUUGACAAAGAAGAAUAUAUUGGGGAAGACAGCUUCAUCUAUGUAUACUGUUGAGUUUCAGAAGAGAGGUUUGCCACAUGCUCACAUACUGCUUUUUAUGCAUCCUUCAUCCAAAUUUCCAAAAACAGAAGACAUCGAUAAAAUCAUAUCGGCUGAGAUUCCUGAUAAGUCACUUGAUCUAGAUCUCUACGAUGUUGUUAAGGAUAUGAUGAUUCAUGGUCCGUGUGGAGCUGCUAAUAGGAAUUCACCGUGCAUGGAAAAUGGACAGUGCUCGAAAAGUUUUCCUAAACCCUUUGCUGAUAAUACUAGAGUGAAAAAAGAUGGAUUUCCUGUUUACAGAAGACGUGAGCAAGCUAACAGUUAUGUUGAGAAGAAUGGUUUGAAAUGUGACAACAGAUGGGUCAUCCCUUAUAACAAGAAACUCUCUCUUCGGUACCGAGCACACAUUAAUGUAGAGUGGUGCAACCAAGUUGGUUCCAUUAAGUAUUUAUUUAAAUACAUUAACAAAGGAGCUGACCGUGUAACUGUGGUAGUUGAACCAACAGGGCCAGAUGUUACGAAUCAAACAGCACCAAAUUCGUCUGCAGGGAACUCAGCUACAGCGACCUCGGCCGCAGCGAGCUCAGUUGCAGCGAACUCAGUAGCAGCUAACUCGGCGUUAGGAAACUCUGCCAUAGAGUCUGGUGGUAACAUAUUGAAAGAAGCUAUGGAGAUUAAAAAGAAUGAAAUAAAGGAUUUCUUUGAUUGA